AUGACGAGUAGCAUUGCCGCUUCUACUGUUAUCAUCAAACCAACUACACCACUUGUAAUGGGCACAGGCGGUGUUAGUAGUGGCGGUGGGAGUGGGUAUCUUUCUAAAAAUCGUUCAAAUGUUAUAGGAAUUGGAAACUUAGAGGAUAAAGACAACAAAGAAAAAGAAAAUGGAAAUGGUGGUAAUGGAUUAAUUGGUUUAACGCGUCAGCAGUAUAUACCUAGUCCUACCAAUGAAAUUCACCCGCUACACUUUACAUGGGUUUUUUGGUUUAUGCAUCGAACACCGGGAAGUAAAAUACUAAAUUAUGAAAGUUCUAUGAAGAAAAUAGCAGCUUUUUCUUCAAUAGAGGAUUUUUGGGCAGUUUAUAGUCAUCUUCGAAAGCCUCACGAGUUACCUAAUAUUAGUGACUACCAUCUUUUCAAGCAAGGCGUUAGACCAGUUUGGGAGGUGAUGGCGGUUAUUGGAGACCAAUUUGAUGUUGGCUCAGAAAUAUGUGGUGCUGUACUGUCUAUACGUAGUUCUGAAGAUAUUUUGUCCUUGUGGAAUCAAUCAGCACACGAAGGCAGAAUUAAUUUAAAAAUAAGGGAGGUUCUGAUAUUAGAUGUGAAAAUUGAAAAUUUAUGGGGAUAG